AUGAUCGAGGAACUCCUUGCUCAGAUACAUCCGGGGCGGGCAGCCCUCUAUGUGUCGAAGGAAAUCUCGAAGCUGGGUUACAGAGCCCCGAGAAUUCGUUUCUGCCUCCCAUGGGCAAUUGAUUUCCUUUACGGAGCAUCCAAGGCCAACGGCGACGGUACAGACCAUGUAUUUCUGCAUCAAGCGAUCCUGAACGCGAAAGGAGCAACCCAGCUUGACUGCGUCAAAACCGCCGAGCUUAAUGGAGGUAUCACGCGUCGAGUCAUUCUGACCAAAGACCCUGAGAACAUCAAGGCUAUUCUUACGGGACAAUUCGCCGAUUAUGGGAAAGGCGAGGAAUUCCAUGAACAAUGGAAAGACUUUCUAGGUGACAGUAUCUUCGCCACGGAUGGUGAGCUCUGGUCCCGUUCACGCCAUCUCAUCCGACCAAUGUUUGUCCGGGAUCGCAUCGUCGACACUGAGAUCUUUGAGAAACACGUCCAGAACCUGAUUCCUCUGUUGGAUGGGAGCAACUCGCUCAGUGCGAGCAAAGUCGUCGAUGUCGGUUCUCUGUUUUUCCGUUUCACCCUGGACGCAGCCACGGAUUAUCUCCUUGGCGUUGGCACAAACAGUCUGCACAAUCCGGAGACCAGAUUCGCCGAGGCCUUUGGAUAUGUGAAGCAUCGCCAAUCCGAGAUCUUUCGGCUAGGUGAUGGAAUCAGCAUGUUCAGCUUCAUCGUGACGAAGAGGAAAUUCCGCCGGGAACUCAAAGUGAUGGACGAUUUCAUCCAACCAUACAUCAAACGAGCCCUCUCUCUGACACCCUCUGAACUCAAUCAGAAGAUCUCCAAGCGAGAAACCUUCCUGGACGCCCUAGCCCGCUUCACUCGCGACCCGCGCGUCCUCCGUGACCAGAUCGUCGCCGUCCUCCUCGCCGGCCGCGACACCACAGCCGCAGUCCUCUCCUUCUGUGUCUUUGAGCUAGCCCGCAACCCCGAUGUCGUCGCCAAACUGCGCGAGGAGAUCAGCGCCCGACUGGACCACGCGCCUCUACCCCCCGUUCCCUUCAACGUCCGCUAUUCCCUCCGUGACACGACGCUGCCGCGCGGCGGCGGUUCCGAUGGCCACUCGCCAGUCGGCGUCCGCGCCAACACGCGCGUCAUCUACUCGACGAUGAUCAUGCAGCGAAGCGCAGAGAACUACGACCCGCCGGGCUCGCCGAACUACUUCGAUCCGGAGAAAUGGUUGCCCGACCGGUGGCUGUCCGGGUGGCAGCCCAAACCUUGGCAGAUCUGCCUCGGUCAGCAGUUUGCUACCAUCGAGAUGGGUUACACCGUUGUGCGUAUCCUGCAGGCCUUCGACAGGAUCCAGGCCAUGCCGGCCAAUGGGAAGGAGCGGGUCGAGGACCCGGUGCUGAAGUUUGAGGUUACGCUUAGCCCUGGUUCGGAACUGAAUUGUGUUUUCGUGAGAGAGGGCGAGGAUAUUUUACCGUUGAAGGACGAUUGAGUUCACUUCCACUCAUGUUUUUUUUUGGAUUUAUAAUAUCGCAUUUGCAUGCAUUUUAUAGAGAUAGAC